CCGCUCCAAAACCCUAAUUCUAAAACCUGAAAGUAAGCAUACUCUGCUCGUGUUUUGCGUUUCGUUGCGAUGUUGGAAAUCAAAACCGCCAAGACCCGCAAGGGCAAGCGGGAGCUCGAGAAGCGCGCCCCCAAGCUCGUGGAAUCGGGGAAGAAGACGCUGAUCCUGCACGGAACGAAGACCAGCGGCGUGCUGAACGCCGUGCUCGCGCAGAUUUAUCAUUUGAAGAAGGACAGCGCCGUCAAGUACAGCCGCAAGAACGAGAACGUCAAGCCUUUCGAGGCCGGCGGCGAGACUUCGCUCGAGUUUUUCUCUCUCAAAACCGAUUGCAGCAUAUUUGUGUAUGGAUCUCACUCGAAGAAGCGGCCUGAUAACCUUGUUAUAGGGAGAACUUAUGAUCAUCAUAUCUUUGAUUUAGUGGAGGUUGGAGUUGAAAAUUUUAAACCCAUGGAGUCUUUUAGUUAUAAUAAGAAGUUGGCUCCUAAGGAAGGGUCAAAGCCUUUUAUUGUUUUUAUUGGAGAAGGAUUUGAGGCUGUGGAAGAGCUAAAGCAUUUGAAGGAAGUUUUGCUCGAUCUUCUUCGUGGUGAGGUUGUGGAGAAUCUAAAUCUUGCUGGAGUGGAUCGUGCAUAUGUAUGUGCUGCCCUGUCUCCGAAUCGAGUGUUUUUUACUCACUGCGCAUUGAGACUGAAAAAGUCAGGCACUGUUGUACCAAGAAUGGAAUUGGAAGAAGUUGGCCCGUCCAUGGAUUUUGUUGUUCGUCGGCAUCGUCCUCCUAAUGAAAGUUUGAGGAAGGAAGCAAUGAAAACAUCGAGGGAGAAGCCAAAGAAAAAGGAGAAGAAUGUUAAAAGGGACGAAUUACAGGGAAAGAUUGGAAGUAUUUAUAUCCCAGAUCAGAAGGUUGGAGAAACUCCUAUACCUUACAAAGCAAAAGGAGUGAAGAGGGAGCGCCAAGAAGCCAAGCGGAAAAAUGAGAGUGAUGGAAGUGCUUCAAAACGGAAGAAGGAAGAUUCUUGAUACUUAUAAAUUACACCUGUUGUCUUUCCCUUGCAUCUGAUUAUAGAAUGAUCAAUUGUAGAUCAUAUGAUAUUAAACUGCAUGUUGUUUAGGCGUCAUGAAUAUUCAUGAUUUCCCCUAUAUGGGGGGGGUUUUGUCAUCAUUUUAUUCAGCGUAUUUUUUUAUCCUUCAUAUUUUGCCAAAUUGAAAUGCAGUCCUUUGAAUCAUGAGUCUUAGCUUCUACUGUUCGUAUAUUAGUUCAAAGUUCAAAAGGAUGCAUUUCAUUUCUAAUUAGGUAGUGUUAGAUUAUAGCAUUUUGUUGUUUGCGGCUUAUUUGCAAGUGGUCUUUGGUAUUUUAAAUGGUCGUGAGCAGUUUUGCAAACUGAACCAGAGAUACUGGAUCUUAAUUAACAAAUUAUCCCGCUGUUGUACUUGGUGGAAAACAUUCCCACUUAACGUUUAUGAAAA